CACGAGUGCGUGGUUCUACGUGAACGCGCGCAGCAAUACUUUUAUUUCCUUGACUGUUCUGCGGGGAACGACUGCACGCGCACCCGAACAGACAGAAUUAAAUUGGUGCUGGAGUGCGACUAAUAAUUCCAAAAAAAGCGGUUACAAACAAUUUAAAUAACGGGUGUAUAAACAUGAAACCCAUUAUUUUUAUGGGCCAAAUUGACUAAUUUUUAUGAUGACAAUAUCGGACUUUUGUUGCAUCUCGUAGAAGUAGCAGAUAGCUAACAUUAGCUUCGGGUAGUUGCGAUCAGCUAGCUAACAAGAGACAAUAUCGACUGCUGUUUUGGCUAGCUGGCCAGCUAAUCUUAAACACAAGAAACUGGAAGAUCGGUGCCUGUUUUUUAAUUUUUUUUUAGGGAGCAACGAGCGUGCACGUUUUGUGUAUACCUACUUAUGGUGUCGCAACCGUAACAAGUACACUUGGGGAAACCCUGCGUUGGUUAGCUAGCUAUGUAGUUGGCUAGCUUGAUUUUUAUUUCCUUGCAGAGAAACACAUUGGCCGACAAAGGAAACGGAAUAUUUUGUACAUGUCUCACGUUAAUUACCCUGCCCAAAUCACAGCGAGGGGUGAAGACAAUCCCAGAUUUUGAGACACAAGUGCCUCCUGUGCUCACGUUCUCCCGCUCCUGAGCGUGGCUCGUCCUCACGACAUCACCAAUGCGACCAUGGGAAAUCGCAGUGAAUAGGCGGCCACCAACAGCCCCCUUAAACCAGAGGAGGUUCCCAGGGGAACCCUGCAAUACCCCAGUGCAUCUCAGGAGAAGUCCUCCCGGGAGAAGACAGUGGGGGAGGAGAGACAGGCCCAUACUGCACAGCUCCCUGCCCCAGGAUGAGAGCUUCCAGCACCCCCUCUUCCCCCAGCAUCAGCAGCACCUUUCCUUAGAUGAGUCCCGAGCGUACAGCCACACCAGCGUCCCGCCACGAAUGCUCCACCCUGCUGCACACCCCCCCCAGCAGAGCCCCAUCAUGGUGGACCUCCACGAGCAGAUGCACCAGGGACCAGUGCCCAUAUCUUACACGGUUACCACAGUGACGACCCAUGGGUUCCCCCUCCAUGCCGGCCAGCCUAUCCCAGGGUGCAACGCUCAGCAGCUCCCAGCAUGCUCGGUAAUAUUGAGCGGACAGCACACUCUGCUCUGCUGCCUACCUCCUCCCUUGAUCCAAGCCUGUACGAUGCAGCACAUGCCAGUGUCUUACCAAGCCUUUCCGCCUCUGAUCUCCAGCGAGCAUUUUAUACUGCACCCCCCUCCCCCCGUACCCCCCCACCAGCCCCCCCACCUUGCUCCGCUGAGCCAGUUCGUCCCACUGCAGCCCCAGCCCCCCCGCAUGCCUCUACAGAGAGUGGACAAUGAAGUGGAGAUGAGAGGGGAGCAGCACCCUGUCGGGGGGUUCUCCUACAGCCCCACCCAUCACCCACCAGCAAUGCCCCCGUCUGUGCCCCUCCAGUACCUCCCUCAAGACCCCCUGCACCAGGACCUGCCCUUCGGAGUGCCAUACCCCCACGUGUUGCCACGACGAGUUAGCGGACAGAGAUACCGUCUCCAGCAGCCCUUGCCCCCGCCGCCCCCUCCUCCACCCUACUACCCAAGCUUCCUGCCCUACUUCCUCUCGAUGCUUCCUGUGCCUCCGACUGCAGUGGGGCCAGCCAUCAGCCUGGACCUUGACGUGGAUGACGUGGAGAUGGAGAACUAUGAGGCGCUACUGAACCUGGCUGAGAGGCUAGGGGAAGCCAAGCCUCGCGGACUCACCAAAGCCGACAUAGAGCAGCUUCCGUCCUAUAGAUUCAACCCCGAGAACCACCAAUCUGAACAAACUCUGUGUGUUGUGUGCUUUAGUGAUUUUGAGUCGCGGCAGCUACUUCGAGUAUUACCCUGUAACCACGAGUUCCAUGCUAAAUGUGUCGACAAAUGGUUGAAGACCAAUCGUACCUGUCCAAUCUGUCGGGCGGACGCAUCGGAGGUCCACAGGGACGUCGAGUGAGUCCAGACUCCAGUUUGUCCAAUGGGAAAGCAAGCGCGUUAGUUGGAGCAUGCUCCAUUUGGGAUCACGGGACUCCGCCCACCUGUCCCGAGUUCCCUCCCCCCCCGCAAAACACACACAAAAAAAAACUCCCGCCCCCCUCCCCAUCUCGAACAAUACUCAAUCUCGGAUCGUGUUUGGGGCCCUCUUUCCACCUCUGCUGUGCGUUGUGUGAGUUUGAUGAAAGCUACUGCCUAGUAUAGCCACAUAGCCACAGAGCUCUGGAGUUGUGUAGUGUGUACUUCUCUCAGUUUUUCGCCCUUGUGUUACCGAUACUCCAAAGAUUUAACCUGUAAUAUCUGUUGUUGUGUUUUAACUUUAAGGGAAACAAAAUUAGGCUUUUUUUCUUCUUUGAUUAUUUUCUAGUUGAUAUUAGAAUCAUUCCAAGUACUUCACCAGUGAUAGGGUUACAGGAGUGUGGGGCUGUGAGAUUGGCAGACCAACACAAAGAUGAAUUUAAAAAAAUAAUAAUAAAAAGGUUAAUAGGAACCUGAAGCAUUCCGCUGGCUUGGAGAAAAGGCUUGACCAUCAGAGAUGCAUGUUCGUAUAGGUGAUGGGCAAAAGUGACUUGUUGUUAAUAAUGUAUGUUACGCAAUAAUGUAUUGAUGAUUUUAAUAUUACUUUCCCACUUUUUUCUUUAUAAUUUUUUUAAAAACCUGCGAAUGCUAUUGUGAACGUCUGACUUGCUGUGGUUAAAGUUGCAGUAUCUCUUUAAGGCCUGUGGUUAAAAAAAAAAUGGAUUGGAGCUGAUGGACAGACCUCGGUUCAGUACCCUCCACUAGCUUUCCCUCGGCAAAAAAAAAAAAAAAAGUAGCUGAAAGCUGUUUGGAAGAAGGAGCGUCGCAGUGGAGUUUCUGUCGUUGCUCUUGCAGCAGGCGUUCGUCCCGCUACGGUUGGACAGACGGACAACGCGGGCACAGAAGAUCACGUCCUGCAAGCGCCACGCCCAAGCGCCACGCCCUCCGGCUCCGCCCCCCCCCCCCUCCCCCCGGCUCCCCGAAGCCGAGCUUUUGGCUGAGCACGGCCCGCAGGAUCCAAGGGGAAUUCCCGGGGGGGUGAGGGGGUUUGCAUGGACUGUUGAUUUAGAUUAGCAAUAUUUAAAUCAAGAAUCACCACCGUUUAACCAUUAACAGAGAAAAAACAAAAAAACAAAAAAAAAAAAACAACAGCAACAAAAAGCAGAAGAAAACACACACAAACGAGGAAUACUAGAUAAAACCAGGAGGAACCGGGUCUGAGGGACGGCCGACGACCGGCCGCCGUCUGCACUUGUGCGUCGGGGGGGAGCGGCGGGGGAGGAGGGGCGCCGUCGGACCGCUUUUGCAGAGAGCAAUACGUGCAGCGAGUGCCGGUUUUCAAACCGAACACUUCCCUCCGUUCGGGGAUGGCCAGGUUUGUCCUGGUUCGUGAGCCAAAUAUUCAAUAUGCUUUCAGCUCUGCCUUCUCAAGACCUUGACAAAGCACAAACAUCACCAAUCUUAAAGAAGAAAAAAAAAAAAAACCUCUGUCAUUUCCACUUGUUUUAAGAGUGUAAGGUUUUUAAAAUUGUCAUGGGUUUUAAUCUUUAACGAUAGAGGACAAGAAGGAUGAAGUGACAGUACUAACAUGGUAUAUAUGUACGUGUGAUCCCUAGGCAAAACUUGGUCAGGUCUCGAUCCUUGUGUUAGGUGGUGUAAAAAGAUACAGCAUUUUUCAGCAUAGCUAUCGUGUGAACGGCUUAAAUUAUCGUCUUGUUUUUGAAGACAGAAGAAUGUUUUAAACGGCUUGAAUUGCAUUGCAUAUUGAACCUUGUGUGUGUAAUUGGUGGCAGUUGUACAGUGGGGGGAGGGGGAGGGGGUGGGUGGAUGAGGGAGGGAUUUUGAGUGACAAAAGAGCUGAGCGAUGCACUGGACUCUUCUGUUCUCAGAUCAGCUGGCUCGGACCUCCGCUGCUCAGUCCGGAGGCUGAGGGGAAUAUGAAAUGCUGUUCUGGGGUCUUUCCAAGUGCUCUGUAAUCAGGGGGGACUCCGUAGUACCGCCCCUUAAAAAAAAGCUCUUCUCCGCAGUCUUAAGAUGGUGGCUGUCCUGCCCAGGGUUAAGGAACCUCGCCAUGUUUUAUAGAGAUGUGUCUGGUGCCACAAGUGUGUCCGCUCGAAUAUAAGCCAUUUUAACAAGUUUAGCCCACAGUUUAGGUAACAAACCUAAAUAUACAUAUCUGUUCACUGGCAUAUAUAUUGUGAGUUAAAAAUAGAUUUCACUCAGGGCCGUUCAGCUGAUUUAAAAAAAUAUAUAUAUAGAAUAAAGGAAAACAGUUGAUUUCAGAUGGGGUUGAUGCCGCGAUGGAGACAGGUAUUUUUUUUUUUUUUUGUUCAUGGUGGUGGUUUUCCUCAGGCCGUAUGUAGUUUCUAAUAUAACCAAUUGAACAUGUACUCCUAAUUUUUGCCAAGUGUAGUGGAUAUGGCAUCUUUUAAAGACAGGCAUGCAAGCAAAAAAAGUACAAUAAAGAAGUUAUAAAUAGAGAAAGAAAAAGAGGCAACGUGUCACUGCGACCUAACAUCAGAACGUAUGUUAAUCAAACUGUUAAAGUUCGGUUUCUGUGUUCUUGUAUUUGAAUGAUAUACAUAUAAAUAUAUAUAUAUCUAUAUCUAUAUCUAUAUUUACACACAUACACACUGGUCGUGUUUCUAUUUUAAACGUGUGCCUUUGCACACACUAUCCUACCUAAACCACUUCCAAACUGAUCCUAAAGGUGUUUGCAUGAUUUUAAAAGAUUUUAAAAAAAUACGAAAAAACGUGUGUAUUUUGAGUGAAAGAUAUCUAGAAAAUGGGGCGGGAUGUUAUUUAACUGUGCACAAUAUGCAUGCGUUUCUGACCAGGUCCCAGCUGGUUUUUAGCUCUAGUUGGCUUUGGGUGUGGGAGGGGGGGGUGGGGGGUUGGGGGGGGGAAUUUGAGGGUGGGGUCGGGGGGAUUUUUUGCUCAGCUGAUGACUGCCACGCACUGUACUGCACACAUUUGUAAUAUUCCUGAAUGACUACAAGAUUUUAUUGCUGUAGUAGUGUCAUAAUUCAAGUCUUUUGGAACUGUGAAAUAACCUGCUUUUGUAAUUUGGCCUGUGCGUUAGGGGCUGAGACCACAUUGGAACCUCUUAUCACUUCAGUGACUGAAGAUGACAAGCCUGGGAACUAGAUAUUUGAAAGCCAUAUAGUGAAAAGGUGCUAGAUGUUACAUUUUAGCUAUGUUGCUACUCUUCACUUAGCGGAAUGCAAUAGUUUGCCAUGUAAUCUAACAGCAUGCAGUGCUAAUGCCCCCCAAGAAAAUGGUCAUCUACAGUCAUGUGAUUGUGUCCAAGGGAGAGAGGGUAUCAAGGAAGAGAUUCUCUUGUUACAGUGGCAUUCAAAACCACGAAAAUCGAGCUUACUGUCUGAGAAACAAAACCAACUAUUGUUUUUUUUUUCCAUUGAUCUCACACAGGUAGUCUAAAAUCACCUACUCGUAAAAGUCUGCCUUAAAUUAGUUGGAUUUGUAGUGUCCAGGACAUGUUACGAAAAUGUUACGUCUGUCGUCAUACUGCCACCAGUCUGCUUAGAAUCAGUGUUUGACCCAGCCUUUGUAUCUUAAGGCUUUUAACAGCAUUGCCAAAAUUUUUAGCAGUUUGGAAAAGGCUGGCCGUUUAGAUGAUGCCGUCGUUUGGCGUUCCAAAGGAUUCCUCACCAAACCCUUAAGUCUCCGCUCACUUCAAGUGCCACAUUUGGGCUGGUGGAAGUUUCGUUUAGAGUUGGGAAAAAUCAAAUAGAAUCUUGUAGUCCUUCUGUGGUUCAAUUAAUAAAUAAGUAAUCUCACAGCUUGUGUGGUGCAAACUUGUAUUCCAAUAAGCAGCUAAAAUUCUUUAGGAUUUUGUGAUUUGUUGAUUGCUCCGUAGAUGCCACUGAUUGUUUACCAAUGAUUUUUUGCUGCGGUGGGAUAGUGGAUUGUUUACUGUUGUAAUACUCGCCCUGGCCUCUAGGGGUCCUCGCCUGAACUCCAGACUACCCGCCCGCCAACCGGACCAGGGGCACGUGUUCUGUGUUAGGAAGAUUUUUUGCUUUGGUACUUGCACAUUUACAGUUACCUCAUUUUUGCCAUGUUUGUAUUUGGAAGAAAAAAAAAAAGAAAAAAAGCUAAUAUAUAUUAUAUAUAGGAAAUGGUUCUUAAUGCUAUAAUUUUUUCAUUCCAUUGGAAUCAUAUUGUUUGUAGCAUUUAACAUAUAACUAGUUAUAGUGUAUUAUAUAUACAUCUGUAUACUGAUUGAAAUUUUUAAGAUUUGUACUUUUUUUAAAUGAAAGUUGCUAGUUCUGCUUUACCGAGUAGUGCAAUCAUAUUUUUUUUAAUUGUUGUGGCUGAUUUGAGAGGGUUGUUCACUAAUAAAUGUAUGAUGUAUACCAGUAUAA